AUGGCAAAUAAAUAUUUAAAAGAAGAAAGUGAAUUAUUUAAAUUGGAACCAAAAAGUGUCUUAAAUCCUUUAAAUGCUUUUAGAGUAAUAAAAAAAUUAACAAAAACUUGGAAAGAAAUUAAAAAAGAAAUUCAAUCAGAUUUGGCCGAAAAUUAUUUAAAAAAUAUUUCAAAUCAAAGAGAAACUCGUUUUCCUACUGAGGAGGAUUUAAAUGGAGCAAUUCAAGCAUUAUUACGCUUACAAGAUACAUACAAAUUAGAAACUAAAGAUUUGGCUAAUGGAAUUCUUGAGGAUAUUAAUAUAAACAAACAAAUGGAUGCAAAGGAUUGUUAUGAAAUAGGUUUGGCUGCCUAUAAUGAAGAGGAUUAUUAUCACUCAAUAUUAUGGAUGGAAGAAGCAAAUGAACGAUAUUAUUUACUCGAAAAAGAAUCAACAGAAAUUAAUAAAUCUGAUAUUUUAAAUAUUUUGUCAAUUUCUUUAUAUAAACAAGGAAAUUUAAAGAGAGCUUUAAUUAUUAAUGAUAAAUUAAUUGAAUUAGAUCCUUUAUAUCCAAAUGCAACAAAUAAUUCAAAAUUAUAUGAACAAGAAUUAUUAGCUAAUGGAGUUGUUGAAGAAGAUUUUCGUAUAAAUAUACCUCCAUUAAAUAAUUAUAGACCAUUAAACGAUACAUACUAUGAGUCUGUUGAUCGUUUGGCUUAUGAAGAACUCUGUCGUGAAGAAAAUGAAAUUAAUAUAACAGAAAUAUCUAAACUUUAUUGUUAUUACAAAAUGGAUCGUCCAUUCCUUCGAUUAGCCCCAAUUAAAGUCGAAAUAAUUCGAUUCGAACCUUUAGCUGUUAUAUUUCGUAAUGUUAUUUAUGAUGAGGAAAUUGAAAUAAUGCAGAAUAUAUCAUUACCAAAUUUUUUUAGAUCUCCGUUUGGAGAAAAGAUUGUAAACAGUCGUUCCAAAUUUAGAAUUAGCAAAAGUGCUAUACUUAACAUAAAAACACAUCCAAUUGGUAAACAAAUAGCUAAACGUUUGAAAUUAAUGACUAAUUUAAAUAUGAAGUCUGCUGAACAUUUACAAAUGGGGAAUUAUGGAAUUGGCGGAUAUUGUGAACCUCAUACCGAUUUUCCUCAGAAUACAAACGAUUCAAAUGCAUCCAUGGGUAGUGGAUACAGAAUUGGAACAGUUCUUUUUUAUUUAAGUACACCAGAAAAGGGUGGAUAUACCGCUUUUAGUAAUGUAAAAACAAUUGCUAAAUCAACUAAAAAUGAUGCUCUUUUUUGGUAUAAUUUGCGCAGAAACGGAGAUAGAGAUUUAAGAACAAUGUUUGGUUUUCUUUAA